GUGAGCAUAAUCCACCUAACAUCAGUCUGCGUGAGUUCGGGCGUCAUAAAUCAUCACAUUAUUAGUAAAUAAACGCUGCUAAUAAUUACUCGCUAAAAGUUAUUGUCCCGGAAUAAUUUUAAAACCAUGGGAAAGUCGCGAACGUUAAAAGUGGCUGCCGUAUGCACUGGGCUAGCAUUUGCUUUUGUGGUUAUUGCAUUCACCACGCCCUAUUGGCUAGAGACGGAUGGUAAAUUACCGAACCCAAAGUUCAUCAGACUCGGACUAUGGGAGGUGUGUUUCCAUAAUUUUGAAGAUGUAAGGCAUCUGUACGACACGAGAUUUCAUAGCUGUUGGUGGAUCUUUGAAGAAGAAUACUACAUAAUCCAAGACUUUCUACUACCAGAGUUUUUUGUGGCGACUCAGUUCUUUUUCACACUUUGUUUUACGUUACUCUUAGUAGGAGGCUUUUUAACAUUGAUCUGCACAUUUGGAUCUCGCCGUAACGACAAAUACCAACUGAUUUUAUGGGCUAAUGGAGGUACCCUGACACUGAGUGCUACAUUUGCAAUAAUAGCUGUAAUUAUCUUUGGAGCUAGAGGCGAUGGUCGUGACUGGAUGCCUAACUGGGAGCAUAACGACGUUGGUUGGUCCUAUGCCUUAGCAGUGGUUGGAACUGUCCUUCUCUAUGUAGGGGGUAUCUUGUUCCUGAUCGAAGGUAGAAGAACCAGAAAACGAGAGCAGAAAUCUCUGAUGGCGGAUCAAAAAACUCACACCACCAUCUAAUUGUCAGAAUAUCUACUAUUCAGUAAUUCAUUCCAAAAAGUAACACAAACCAUCCGUUUUAUAUCCAUAUUCACUUAAAUAUUAAAGUUAUAAGUUUAAAAUGACUGUCCACUACUCCCAGAGUGUAUUUUUAAUUAUAAUUAUUAUCACUUGACAAGACUCUGGCCUAUUUACCAAAAUUUUAAAUUUUGCCACAAUUAGGUAGGAAUUGCAUGACGAAAAUGCAAAGGGAAUUGUUUAUUUUUGAACUUCUAUCCAACUCUGGUAAUUCUUAUCUGACACUAGUAAGGAAUAUAGAAAAGAUAUUUUCAAACUAGGAUCCCAAUUCUGAUUCAAGGAGGUUUAUGCAUGUGAGAUUGUUUCGGCUACUUUUAAGUAAAAAAACUGAAUUCAGUUACAUUAUUAUUUUCAUCAUAAUUCACAAGUGCGUGAAAAAUUAAAAUUUGUCCAAGACUUUUGAAUUAAAUUGUUGGUAACAAUCGAAAAAUGGGUGAGAUAUGGUGAGAAACAAUGUCAUGAAUGCAUGCAAAAUUUCACUACUCAUAUAUUAUUCGGAAUUCAUCUAAUUAGAAAAAUGUUCACAAGUAUUGAAACUAUUUCUUCUGCACAACGAUUUUGUUCGCCAAUUUUUUAGCCUUGCCUGGAAAUAUCUACUUUCUCAAAAGACCUUCAUUUUACGUAUCUCAGUAGUGACACCAUUGACGCUGAAAACAGUAUUCAAAUAUUUUAAUCACAAAAUUGAGCAGCUUAUUAUUAGUUAGUUAUGGCAACAAAAUUUGCUUGUCAUGUGUCUAUUGCAGAGAAUUGGCAUUGUAUUUAUUGGCCUAGUUCAAAUCUACCUCAGAGAAUGAGAAUACAAUACCCUUAAUCACACAUAACGCAUUCUUUUGGACUGUUCAAAAUAAUGGAAGAUGAGUGGACUGGCAUACAUAAUUUCACGUUUUAGAUUUAUAUUACUAAAGUAUCGACAUUGAGAGCGGUCGUAAACAAGCUCUUGGUUUUUAAAUUUGUUUUAUUAUAAAAUAUGUUAGUAACACACAAUGAAUUUGAUUAUACCAUAGUAUUAAGAAGGCUCAUAUGGCUGAAGGGUAGCUAUUACUCUGAAUAUCUCUGGAUCUGGCACAGAUGAAAAUUCGUAUUCUGUCAUCCCAUGCACUAGGGAUAAUAACACGAUGAAUUCGCUAUUCAACAAUAUACAUAUAUGUCUGUGUUAAAUAAUACAGAAUCUCAAUAGUAUCGCAUCAAAUGUAUAUAAGUAGAAAUGUACCUUUGGAUUUAUUUUGUACGAAAAAUACCUGACUCUAUUCCGUCCAUUAGUGAUAGUGUUUUAGUAAUUAUAAUCUUUAUACUAACCCAUUCUUUGUACUAUUAUGCAUAGACGUUUGCAACGUUGCCUGAAGCGAGUAUGAAAUUAUGUAAUUGGAAAUUUGAAAAUGUACAAUUAUUUUCUAAUUCGUUUUGUAUCUUUUAUAGUAUAUUUAUGAAGAGAUCUUAUUGUAAUAAAAAUGUUAACUUAUUAAACUCA